AUGCACAGUGCCCGCAUCUUUAAGCCAAUUCUCGGCAAGCUUACGACGCCAGAUCUGGUCGUCGCGUGGCGUGUAUGGGCUGCUAGGCCAAGUGCUUAUAUCCCCAUCACUAUAAGCAGUGAUGGGGAUCACGUCCACAUUCCCGGAAGAAGACAUCCUCGUCUUCCCGACUCGCAAGCCCAGUUGAGCACUGGUGUGUUGGAUAAUGAUAUUAGCACAGCAAACUGUAGAGUUCUGGAGUGGAAAGUUCGAAGGUCGGUGCUGCUUUGCUCGGUUUUCAAUGGAGAGGGAAAGACAAAACACAAAGGGCAACACAGCAGCCGGACAGAGCAUAAGCCGCAGGAACCCAGCCCAAUUCUCGGCAACCUUCUGACGCCAGCCUUGGUCGGCGCGUUCAGUAUAGCGGCUGCCUGGCCAAGUACUCACAUCCCCAUCACUGCUGCUACUGAUGGGCAUGCCCUAUUCAACGCGACGACCAAGGCUGGCUGUCCGGCUGCUGUGUUGCCCUUUGUGUUUUGUCUUUCCCUCUCCAUUGAAAACCGAGCAAAGCAGCACCGACCUUCGGACUUUUCACUCCAGAACUCUACAGUUUGCUGUGAUAACAUCAGUAUCCAACACACCAGUGCUCAACUGGGCUUGCGAGUCGGGAAGACAAGGAUGCCUUCUUCCAGGAAUGACCUGGACGUGAUCCGCAUCACUGCUUAUAGUGAUGGGGAUAUAAGCACUUGGCCUAGCAGCCGAUACACGCCACGCGACGACCACAUCUGGCGUCGUAAGCUUGCUGAGAAUUGGCUUAAAGAUGCGGGCACCUAUCAAGCAGGUGAGUUGUCUGAGAUGCUCUGA